AUGGCUACUAAUUUUACUUUUAAUAUUUUUUUACUUCUUUUUUAUUUUAUAAAUAUAAAUUUAGGAAGAACAAAUAUUGGUGUUAAUAUAAAAAAAGAAUUUUGUGAAAAAUUAAAAAAAAUAAAUCAAGCACAACUUCAUCCAUCUUGUAAGAACUACUUUAAUAAUUUUAAAACAAUUAGAAAUAUUAAAAGGAAAAAAACAACAACAUUAAGUGUUCCAAUAUUUGUGGAGGAUAAUUUUUCAAAUGAAAAUGAAAUUUUUACAUCAAAAGAAAAUAUACAUGAAGAGAUCCAUGAUUGUAGAAAUUCAAAUACUUUAGUUCAAUGUAAAGCUGAUUCAAAUAGAUGUCCAAAAAGUGGUCAAAUAUGUUAUAAUACUGAUAAUACUGUUUGUUGUCAAAAUGUUAUUAAAGCUAUUCCUGUUUCUUAUAUUAAUUCUAAACCAGGAAAUUGUCCAACACCAAUAGGAGUAUCUAUUAUUCAAGAUGCUACGACUGGAUGUUGGUUAGAUCAAAAUUGUCCAGGAAUACAAAAAUGUUGUUUAGAACCAAAUCCUACCACAAAUACAGCUGUUCGCCUUUGUAGAGAUCCUGUUAACAUUAAAUCUUUCUCUAUAUGUAAUUUACCAUUGUCAGUUGGUGGAUGUAAUGCACCAACAGUUCGUUACUAUUAUGAUUCUGUAACAGGAAAAUGUCGUAAUUUCCAAUAUAGUGGAUGUGGUGGAAAUAAAAAUAAUUUUCAAACAUUAGCUAGUUGUCAGGCAACUUGUGGUUCAGCUGGUAUUAUGGAAAAUCCAGAAUGUCCAAUGGAAGCUAACAUCUCUUUAAAUUGUUUUUUUGCUCAUCCUGAUGCAUGUAAAACAGAUUCUGAUUGUAUGGGAAGAAUAAAUACAAGACAACCUUCAUGUUGUAUGACAAAAUGUGGUUAUAGAAUAUGUCAUCAAUACUAA